GAUGAGAGUGUGGAAAAUAAGGAUGUGUGGGAUGACACCGAGCUAAUCAAGAUGUACGACGAUUCUGUCAAUGCAACAUACAACAAACUUGGAGACGCGGCCGCAUCAAAGUCUUUUACCAAAGAUGUCGUAUUUAAGAGCUGGUCUGUAGGUGACUCCUGCUUAGCUCGAUAUAGCGAUGACGAUCUUUAUUACCCUGCUAAAGUUUUGGAAGUACGUGAACAAAAAGGCUCUUUCACGCAGUACUUAGUGCUCUAUGAAGGGUAUGGUAAUUCCGAGUGGGUUCCUGCUGAUGAUCUCAUGACAAAAUCGUAUGCCUUUAUCUAUAUACAUCUGUAUGCGCUGUGUCUUACUGUUCACAUCCAGAAACGAAGAUGA